CUCGGACUAGAACGGGAAACAGAAUUGGGAGUGUGUGCGCGCAGUGAAGAACGAAGUUAGAGAGAGAGUAGAGAGAGAAAGAUAUGCUGGAGACAGGAGCAGUUCUGAGCGGCGAGGCCGUGGAAUCCAUAUCGGAGAGACUGUCAUCAGUCGAGAACCUCUACUUCCCUCGAGCACUCCAAUCCUCCGCUAUUAGUCCUUCUCAACGCAAAUCCCUCCUUAUCGAUCUCCUCUCGCGAGACGUCGCUGUUUUCUUAGAACGGUAUGGAUCACAAUUGACAAUUGAAGAGCUUAAAGUAUUUGAUGUUUUGAAAGAUGAUUAUGAAAUCAAUUGGCAUUUAAAUCAUCUUAGAAGUGUGAUUAGUCCAACAACAGAGGAAUUGAGAUCUAGGUCAACAAAGAUAAAAAAUCGGAGACGGGCCUUUAUGGAUAAAUUGAUGUGUGAUGGGCAGUACUUCUCAGAGGAUGCGAUGCGGGAGAGAGAGCCAUACUUGCACCAUGAGUAUGUGGGGCAGUUUCAGGAUCCUAGUGGUAGGAGCAUGGCAAGGCCGGGGGAGCGGUGGUCGGAGACACUGAUGAGGCGGUCAGAGGAGGUGAUUUUGGUGGAGAAAAUUAGAGGGGAGCAGCAGAGGUUGGGCGUGGCUGAGAGAGAUUGGGUUGGGAGUGUGAAUGAACAUCAACAAGAGGAGGAGGAGGAGAAGGAGGAGGAGGAGGAGGAGGAAGAAGAAGAAGAAGGAGAAGAAGAAGAGGAAGAAGAAGAAGAGGAAGAUGAAGAGCACAUUGAGGCUAAUGGGAGUUCACAUCAUUUGGAGGUGCACUUUGGUGAUCUUGAUGCCUUCAAUAAUGCCCAAUCCACCAGUGUUAUUCCCAGUGAAGGAACUACUUUACCUGAAGCAGAGAUUCAAGACCGAAUGGACCAAUUCACCCACAUCAUGCAGCAAAAGUUUAUGUCGGGGGAAGAUCAUCAGCACUUAGAUUACUCAAAAAUUGACGAGGACGAGACUUUAGAUGAUCACUGGUUGAGGGAGGCUAAUCUUGAUGCUGAAGAGAAAUACUUCGCUGACGUUUAGGAAGAAUGGAUGUGGCACUGAGUUGCUGGUACCGUGUUUCUUUGACAUUUCACUUUAUCAUGUUGGUAGAGUUCUACUUUUGUAAUUAUAUGCACCUCCGUUUUUUUUUUUUUUUUUGGUUUAUUGUAGAUUACAUGUGAGAAGCAGCCUUUGUGACAUUGCUAUUUUCAUUCAGAUGAGAAAUUAGGCUUUAGUGGCCUGAUUCUGAUUCUGCACCUUAAUCACAGGCAAAUGGUAGAACAAA